AACCCUAAGAAGAAACACGUGUGAUGGUGUCCAACGGUUAAGCUCCAUCUCCCUCCAGUUGAAUACUGUCACCGUCUGACGCUAAAAGUGCUCGGAGGCCUAAGAGCUAGCCGUUAAUCAGCCAUGGCAAAAGAUAAGAAGGAGAAGAAGAAGAAGAACAACAACAACAACAAGCCGAACAAAGAGUCAGGUCCCUCAACGACGGCGCUAAAGAGCAGUAAACAUGAGGGAGACGGCGGCGGCAACAAGAUCAUCACCGACCCUCGGUUUGCGUCCGUACACUCAGACCCUCGUUUCCAGAAGGUUCCAAUGCAUAAAUCGAAGGUCUCUAUCGAUUCUCGAUUCAACCGCAUGUUCACCGACAAGAGUUUCACUACAUCGUCGGCGCCGGUGGACAAGCGAGGCAAGCGUAAGAAGGAUAAUUCGGAGAAUUCUCUUCGCCAUUACUAUCGAAUGGAUGAAGAUAGAGGCAAAGAAGAAUCGGAUGAUGAGGAAGAUAGUGAGAGUGAAGAAUCGGAGAAACUCGGUCCGGAGGAAUCGGAUGCUGAGACUAGCGAUGAGUCGGACGCGUCCGAAACGGAGGAAGAGGUGGAGAUGGAGAGUGGUGAAUCGGAGUAUUCUAGUGCCACGGAUGAAGAUGAAGAGGAGGUGGUUUAUGAGGAUUACGAGUCUGAGGAGGAGGAUAUACCUGAAAUUGAAAAGGAGACGCACAGACUUGCUGUUCUUAACAUGGAUUGGAGAUAUGUGAAGGCUGUUGACUUGUUCAUGAUAUUGAACUCCUUCCUGCCAAAAAAUGGUCAAAUUUUGUCUGUGGCUGUUUAUCCGUCCGAGUUUGGACUUCAGCGUAUGAAAGAGGAAGAAGCUCAUGGUCCUGCCCUGUUUAAUGAUGAAAGUAAGAAAAAUGAUAAUGAAGACACUGAUGACGAUGAGAUCGAUGAGGAUAAAUUACGUGCUUAUGAGAAAAGCCGGCUAAGGUACUACUAUGCUGUUGUGGAAUGCGAUUCAAGUGCCACAGCAGAUUAUCUUUACAAAGCUUGUGAUGGUGUAGAGUUUGAGCGCUCGUCAAAUGUGCUUGAUUUGAGGUUUAUCCCUGACUCCAUGGAAUUUAAACACCCACCUCGCGAUGUUGCAACAGAGGUACCUGCUAACUAUAGCAGUAGAGAAUUUCAUACUCGAGCUCUACAACACAGUAAAAUACAUCUCUCCUGGGAUGAGGAUGAACCAGAUCGUGCAAAGACAUUGAAACGGAAAUUUAAUGCUGAUCAGCUAGCAGAUUUGGAAUUGCAACAGUUUUUGGCUUCUGAUGAGAGUGAAAGUGAUGAUGAUGAGGAUGAUAAUGGUGCAGAGGAUUAUUCAGAUAAUAAGCAUAAAAAGCUUGAUAUGUACCGUGCUUUAAUCCAGUCUGGUGAUGGUUCAGAUGAGGAUGGUGAGGAAGAAGGCCAAGAUAUGGAGGUCACUUUCAAUACUGACUUAGAGGAUUUAAGCAAGCGCAUUCUAGAAAAGAAGGAUAAGAAAGAAGAAACAGUUUGGGAGGCCUAUCUUAGUAAAAGACGUGAGAAGAAGAAGGCUAGAAGGAACAAAUCUAAGUACUCAUCAGAUGAUGAAACUAGUGAUGGUGAUCAAGAGGCGACCGAAGAAGUGGAUGACUUUUUUGUUGAAGAACCUUCAGUUAAAAGAAGUAAGAAGGAGUCUCAACUUCAAAAUGAUAAGAAGGGAGAAAAGCAAAGCCAUGGUAUAGAGGGGCAAGCAGAAGCAAGCAUUCAUGAGCUUGAAUUACUACUCGCUGAUGAUAAUGUAGCAGAUAAAGGUCUUAAAGGUUAUAAUUUGAAACCUAAGAAGGUGAAGGGGAAAAAGGGGAAAAAAGUUAAAGAAACCAUGGAUGAGGACGAAAUACCAACUGUUGAUUAUAAUGAUCCUCGGUUUUCAGCUCUCUUCACUUCGCCUCUCUUUGCUCUGGAUCCCACAGAUCCACAGUUCAAAAGGAGUGCGGCUUAUGCUCGACAGUUAGCGAUGAAACAGCAGAUGGGUGAGCGAGAACCGACCGAUAGGGAGCAUAUUAAGGUACCUGCAAAAGUGCAGGCUGAGAAAGACGAGCAAGUGAAAUCAGAUGAUUUGCCGUUGAAGAAAGAGAAGUAUGAAUUGUCAUCACUAGUUAAAUCAGUUAAGAUGAAAUCGAAGCAAGUUAAAUUACUCUCCGAUGGUAACACUAUAAAGAAAGGAAAGGAGAAAGUUGAGAAGGAUGGGCUCGCAACUCUAGUUACAUCAGCUAAGAAAAAGACCAGAGGUCAUCAAAAGUGAAACCCACCUGGACAUUUGUAGAGUUGUUUUUCCUGUCAUCCAGGCAAGUUAGACUCGGAUCAAUCUUUGAAAGCAAGAGGUUGUCCAGAUUUAUCGUGGAUUAAGGGGAACCUUUAGUUUGAUCUCGGCUGUACGUUUUGUAAUACGCAAAAUUUUGAUAUCUUUAAUAUAUAUAUAUAUAUAUAUAUAUAUAUAUAUCUAUAUAUUUUUUGGGGACAUUCCGGCAUUGAAAGGAAUUAAGGAAUUGUACAACUGAAAAUUAUAUAGUGUUGCUAUUUUGCUUUUUUAUAUGUAUUUGUUUUUGUA